AUGUCGGACACCGUCAACCAGAUUUCAACACACCACGUUCUCGCGCUACCCCACAAACCCACAAACGCAACCGGGUAUUGGGACUUUGCCUUGCCCCAGUGCAGCAACGCCUUUCACUUGCGCAUCUCCAUCGUCGGUGUAUGUGCAAGACAAUGUGAUCAAUGA